AUGAAGAAACAGUGGUGUCUACGUAUUUGCCAAAACCAACGCGAAACUAAACGCUAUCUAAAAACUGACUACCGUGUGCACUGUCAAUAGCAUUACUCUACUUGCGCUGACCAUUGUAGAAAGUUUGCGCUUAGUGAUCCUGUUGAUCCCGAGCUCCAGCAUCCUUGUCUGCAUCAGCAUCAAUCGACUUGCGAGCAAUGCCAAGGGCUGAAGGACGUUCUAAAGGAAGUGAGACUAGCGAUUGAAGGGUCAUCGUGGAAGCCUUACAAUUGCGAACAACGAGAAAAUGUCCUUUUCGACUUUGACCGUGCACCGUCAGACAUCUUGUUGUGGAAAGUGCACAUUGUGCGCUCAAUAAAUCAGGAGGAGGCGAAACAAGAUGCACUGGAAUCAGAAGACCCACAGUCUUCCAUUCUAAUCAUGGACGGGGCUAUGAAGUUCCUCCAAAUAAAUAUUCGUGAGAAACAG